AUAUAUAUAUAUAUCUCAUAUAUAUCUCGUAUAUAUCUUGUGUGUAUGUGUCUAUAUAUGUAAAGGUUUUUCCCUGACAUUAAGUCUAGUCGUGUCUCACUUUGGGGGUUGGUGUUUCUAAGCUGAAGAGCCGGCAUUGUCCAUAGACACCUCCAAGACCAUGUGGCUGGCAUGACUGCAUGAAGUGCCGUAUUUGUGUGUGUGUGUUUGUGUGUAAAUUAUAGGCAAGAGGCCACUAUAACUAGAAAUGUAAUCCAAUAAUGUAAACUAUAAAACAGUAAUUUCUAUAUAUGUUAUUGUCAUAGAACAUUCAAUGUGCAACCAAGGAUGAUAAAGAUUCUAAUGUAUGAUAAAGACUCUACUGUAUGUGCAAUUAUUCCAAUUUUGGAGCAACCGUAUCAUAGGAUCGCCUUGGCAAGACUGGUUCGGAGCUAAGAGAGUGUGACUUGGCAAAGGUCAGGCAGCGGAUUUCCAUAGUUGAACGGACACUUUCCAAGUCCUCUCAUUAUGGACGUAAUUUGAUGAUGCCAAAACAUUGGUGCAGCCAUGACCAGGCAUCCACAGUGUCCAAGGAAGCGUGAUGCCUUCCCACGAGAAUUUACUCCAGCAUUUAAGUCCCUUCAGCCCCAUUCCUCCCGUGCAAAGAAACUCUGACUCUUCCAAACGGCAAAUCAGCCUUGACCUUGGCUAAUUCCCAAGCUGAAUAAGUUGCCUGUGCCGUCCCUGGCAUUGAGCGAGGAGGAGACAUGCCGAAUUAAGUGGCUGAAAACGGGGAGCGGGGAAGAAAGGCCGCAAUGGACAUAACCAGGUUGGGACCCUUGAGGAAGAGAUUUCUAUCUGGAUCAUAUGACGGCAAGUGGGGUAUAUUUAUCGGGGAUUUUUGGACGGGGGAUCCACUCGGCGAGACAGACCAGGCAGAUUGGAAGGAUGCAGAACGCGGCCACAAACAACAACCUGAUUCCGGCCGGGAAAAUGACUUUCCUUUCGCGCACCGAGACCUUCGCAGCCGCCCACCGGCUACAAAACAAAUCUCUGAACGAUGUCGAGAACCGGAAACUCUUUGGGAAAUGCAACCAGAGCCACGGACACAACUAUAAAGUGACGGUGACUAUAAGCGGAAAGAUUGAUCCCAUCAGCGGCAUGUUCAUGAACAUUUACAAGCUUCAGGAAUACAUGCAGAAGGCCAUCAUGGAGCCCCUGGACCACAAAAACCUGGACCAAGAUGUGGACUUUUUCGCCAGCGUCCCAAGCACAACGGAGAACGUGGCCGUCUACAUCUGGAACAACCUGGAGAAAAUCCUCCCUCUUGGAUGCCUCUACAAAGUCAAGGUCUACGAAUCCGAGAAGAACUUCAUCGUAUACAAGGGAAACUAACAAAGAAGGAGAGAAGGGCGGAAGGGAGAACUACAUCCAUCGUGAUAAACAUGUUGUUGUUGUUGUUGUUUUUAAGUGAGUUCCAAGUAACAAGUCCUUACGAGUUGAAUUGUACAUCCAUACAAUCCCAUAAAAUAUGACGUUGUGUUUUCUAAAUGAGUGAUGGGAAAGAUCUGUGUAAUUCGCACAAUGGAAACCUCAUCCAUUGCGACUGUGUUCACAAUUGCUUGUGUGUGGUUUUUAAAAAAAUAUUUUUAUUAUUUUAAGACAUACACAUACACAACAUUUACAAUUCCCACCACCACCACGAGGAUUAUUUUCUUUUACAUAUUAAUCCUGUUUGAGACAAUCCUUCUAGAUUUACAUACUACAGUCUCACUUAUCCAACACUCGCUUAUCCAACAUUCUGGAUUAUCCAAAACAUUUUUGUAGUCAAUGUUUUCAAUGCAUUGUGAUAUUUGGGUGCUAAAUUCGUAAAUACAGGAAUUACUUCAUAGCA